UAUAAAUAUGUCCGUUACUAUAUAAUCCACUACUUCUUUAUUCGUGAAGACUUGAAACGAGGAGCCUUCUCAUGUUCAACUGCAAUUAACUCCCCACCCCCACCACCCCACCCCCUCAAUCAAUACAUACAGAAGCAUGUACGUAUAUAUAUAUAUACACACACACACACACUAGACUUAAUUAGCUUGUUGUUAUCAGCUAUGGGUUUUGAGGUAGAUGAUCGAUGUGAACCAAACUCAACACCUAAACUAACUUUAUCCAAACUUCCAUUCUCCAAGCCAAUUCGAGAGCCACUGCUCAUGAUGCAAACGCCGCCGCUCCGCCCCUCGGUUUCGAUCCCGUUUCGGUGGGAAGAGGCGCCGGGAAAGCCUAGAUCCGCCGCGGCGGCGGCGGCGGCAGCCUCCUCCCCGCCGUCUUCCAGGUGUACUCUGGACCUGCCUCCGAGAUUGAUGCCGCACCACGACGACGACGAGGAUGAAGCUAAAAUUACCGUAAUGUCCUCGCCGACGGACGUGUUGGAUGGGCCUUACGUCGGCCGAUCGCUGUCGCUCGCGUGCACGUUUUCUUUCCGGAAAGGACCGGUGGCGGAGGUGGCGAGGCCGUCGAAGAGGGACGGCGGUGCUAGAAACUUCGAUUCCGGAAGGUGGGCGAGUUUCAGCGACGAGGAGGGGAAGUUCGCUAAGGGUAGUUUCGACUUUUCACAUACGCUAGGCGAUUUCUUUAGGAGAGAGGAGAAUGUGAAUGCCACAAGAGUUAGGAGGAGGAGGAGCUUGUUCAAUUUGGCAGCCAUAAACUCUAACUCGUGGGCUAAUAUAUGUGCAACCAUUAAGCAGGCGGCGGUCCCGUGGAGGUGUAGCCGCCGGUGAAUACCAACAUCGGAGUGUUUUUGUGUGUGCCGCUGAAAUAUGAACCGCCGGUUUGAUUUUCUGGUUUAAGGAUGCAUUGAAAUUGAAUUAUCUACCACGGUCAAAUUAAUUUAUAAAAUUUUCUUAUCUUUUACUAAAUUAUAUAGAUUUUUGAUUUAUAUAUUUUUUGAGUGAUUUUCUUUUUGUUUUUGUAAAUUGAUAUGUUGACCAAGUCAAAACCUAACACUGAGGUUUACCAUAAAUUAUUCAACCA